AAUUUCCCGACUCUCUUAUUUGUUUCUUUCAUAGUAACCAGGAAAAUCAAGUGCAACAUGAGUAGUAACAACGUAAUCAAAACAAUUUGGAGAAGUCUUAAUGUUCGUAUGCUGCAUACAAAGACUCAAAUACCUCCUCCUAGACCAGAUAUAAAAAAUGUUCAGCAGUUUCUGAGGAGGAUCGGUCGAAAUGUCCACGACAAAGUAAAUGACAAAAUUGACACCUGGGAGAAGCUGUUCAGUAUGACAACAGGUGAAAUGAAGACGGUUGGAAUUGAUGCUCGUACUAGACGAUACAUUGCUCGACAGCGUCAAAACUAUCGACUUGGUUAUGAGAUUAGAGCAUACCCAAAACAUGCAACAUCAAAAAAGGACACCUCUGGAAACUAACGCUCUUGAUGGUAUCGAUUUAAUGAAAAAUGAAUGUUUGUUUAACCAUGUAUCUCUUAGUUUAGCGUUUCUAGUUUUUUCAACUUGAACACAAGCUGCUCAUGAAACCAUUUUGUGAAUUCAGCACUGAAUUGCAUUAACGCAGCCUCGGCUGAAGGAUAGGAUUUACAGGAACUGUUUUCUGAGUUCAUUUCUUCCGCAAUCCAGUCACCCUCCCAUUUUAACAAGAAGCUACUGCCUUCUUUGGUUUCUACAACAAGACCAACAUUGUUGAGAGUUAUCGUCUUUACACCGUCUUUGUACUGUGAAAUAACAUUUCUAUACUCUAAAUCCGACUGAGCCAUAACUUUUGGUAGUGGAUGAAAGAGCUGAGCAACUUGGCUGCAUAAAUUUUGGGUUAAUAAAUGAAUAACAAACGUUCUAUUUGUCAUAUAUUUCAAAAAACAACCAAAAUAAAUAUUAUUCUACGAACGAACGCGCUGCCGUUUAAGUGUUGGUGCAACACUUGUUAUAACGUCUUUUUGAGAUAAUUUGAGAGAGGACGAUGAAACGCUAUCAAUCUCAGAAAUUGAGUGCAUUUCAACACUUUCCUUUUGAUCCUGAGCCUCGCGCUUUCUGCGCUUGUCACGUUUUUGGAGUAUGCUCACGAUGAUGGACAUGAUGAAUACGGUGCCGCCCAUCACUAACAAACCGAUAUAACCUUUAAUAAAUCGAGGAGUGUCUGUGUUAGGAUACAUGACAAGAGCCCACCAAACGUGCCAUAUGUUUUGAACCAUAUUCAUACAGAAGACGACAACUCCGCGCUCUUGGUCAUUGUCGCGACAAAUGUCAUUCGCCCAAGAGAACCAAAUUGCUUGACCAGCAUAUGUAGCACCAGAGAGAAAGUAAGCGAAGAACUUUACUCCGUCCGAAACAUUCCAUGCAAGCAAUAUACUCGCAGAUGUGGAAACCACUGCACACAAGAAAAAACCAAAUGGCCAACGCGCACGGCCAUGCAGUUUAUCUGCAAUAAUGCUUGAUACCAUGGUGGAAAUAACACCAACUGCCGUAAUUACAGUUGGGUAAUUGUUCACUUGGGCAACCGAGAAACGAUUGCUCCAUUUCAUCCAUUGACCCAUCAACACGUUAACAGCGAUGGCCUGUGUUUCACCGCUCACCAUCCACAAGAGGCACAAACCGUAAAUUCUCCAGGAGCAUACUAUAGACUUAAAAGAACCCAAUGUCAAUGGCUUCUUCGCAGGUUUUGCGGGAAGACGUUUUAGUGCGAGCUCACGCUCUUGUUGAGAGAAGUACGGUGCCUUCGUCGUCUCUGGGACAUCCGGGAACAAGAAGAAUCCGUAAAGAGCAAGUGGAAUGGUCAACAAACCAUCAACAAUAAACAGCCAUCUCCAGCCUGCCAAUCCACGUUUUCCGUCUAACGAGUGAUGAACUGCGGUCUGAAGAUAACCAGCAAACAUUGUACCCACCAAACCAGACAUAGAAAAUAUACCUGCACGUUUACACAACUCCGUGUCUUUGUACCAGGCACCGAGAAUGUAGUGUGUUCCAGCAAAUGUUGAGGCUUCUGCUAAUGCCAUGAAGAAACGGAGUAUCAUCAUUGACUUUACUGAAUGAGCUGCAAAGGAAAAGAUGGUCAUUAUUCCCCAAAGCAAGUUCAUCAACGGGAACCAAAUUCGCGGAGGAAGAAUCUGUAGAGCAUAUGAUCCUGGUAAUUGUCCAAUGAUAUAACCACAGGUGAAAACCAUGUUAAUCUGCUGCAGCUCAUUGCUGUACAUGUGCAAGUCCUCCUUCAUUCCUGAAAGAUACGCAUUAUUAAUGGAUGAACGAUCGAGAUAAUUGAUGAAGUACGAAAUACAACAGUAGGACAAAAUGAACCAAUCAAUCUUAAACACCAGCUUCCGCUCACUAACAUAUGAGGAGGAGCUUGCUCUUUUUAUUCUUUGGAGCAAGCCGGACAUCUUCGUUACAAUGUCCUACCAAAAACUAAAUCCAAUUGCAGAACAAAUGAAGUAUUUCUACUUCUUAAUCAUGUAAUGGAAUAAGACAAUGGAGAAUACUCGUGUUAGCUCUGUUAAAAACGGCCGAAUGAACUACUUGUCAUGAGUACCGUGAGAAUAUACUGAUUUUCACCGUUUACUGAUCGACAAUAACUAAGAAUUUCCUUAAUCGGCUAUAUAUAAACCGCGUUUGAGGAUAUACAGUAAUCUCCAAGUAUUAUUAUGAUUUUUUGGUAGUCGAAAUGAUUGCUCUUGGUAAUCGAUAGAAUGUAAGCAACAAGUAAGAUAAAAAAUAAAUAAUGGAAAAAAAUUAGGGAGAAGCCACAGAAGUCUUAGAAAA